AAACAAAAGCAAAGCAUUCAAAAUUAGAAAACACGGGAAAAGAGACUCUGUUCUCUCUUCACAAAACAACUACAAGCUCUGAGCUUUAAUUUCCUCUGUCUAAUGUCUGCGCCUUCUCGCUCUCCCUUCGGUUCUCCAUCUUCAUCCACAAUCCCCACAACCUUUAACUCACGCGCUACUGUCACUACCGCUACCACUUCCUUCGCCACGCGCCGCCCAUGGCGCGAGCUAAUCGAAUUCUCUUCUUUCACGCGCCCUUACUCCUUCGGCGAAGCCACUGCACGCACAAAGCGAAACCUUUUCUACUUUCGGGUGAAUUACACGAUGAUUAUUCUCUUCAUUCUCUUUAUCAGCCUUCUAUGGCAUCCAUUAUCAAUGAUUGUUUUCUUAAUUGUAUUUGUCGCCUGGUUUUUCCUCUACUUCUUUCGCGACCAGCCGAUUGUUAUCUUCCAUCGCACGAUUGAUGAUCGCGUGGUGCUGGGCGUUCUUGCAGUAAUUACUAUUGUGGCUUUGGCUUUUACGCACGUGUGGUUGAAUGUGUUGAUUUCGAUCUUAGUUGGGCUUGCAAUUGUGGUUCUACACGCUGCAAUUAGGGGAACUGAGGAUCUGUACUUGGACGAGCAAGAUAUGGGAGAUGGAGGAUUAUCAUCUUUUGUGGGGAGUCCUAGGAGAACUGGGUACACUCGAGUUUAAUGUUUUAGCUUUGAAUUGAAUUGGAUUUGUUCUUUUCGAGUUUAAUGGUGGAAAGGAGCACCGAUUUUAUUUGCUUAGAUGAUUAAUCUUGAAUUAAUAUCCCUUUUUGUUAGUCUUAUUGUUUUUAUUUUUCUCUAGUAUAUAGGUUUGUAAAAAUUUUCUAUGUCUAUUCGUUCCAUAGGUUUUUUAGGAAUUUGGGUUCAUUUAUAGCCAGUUACUGGAUAAGGUUUUGCAUGUUAUUAAUGAAAAGUAGUAAUAUUUAUGUUGCAGAUGAA